AUGGAAAAGCUUUUCAAAGAUAUAAAUAUUCGUGCAUGUCACAGAACAACGGCAUGCAACGCCACUUAUCAUCACUUAGACAUAUUUAUCGUGUCACUCUGCGCAAAGUUCUGUCAUGUGGCCUUUACGAUGUGUACAAGGAAUUCAUAUCUACAAAAACAUGAAGAAUCACUCAUUUAUUUAAAACGCGGCCGGAGGGGUGCUAACAACAAUUUGAUGUCAGCCUGCUACAAUCAUGCAAACAAGCACCAAAGCACGAAUAUGGGAGGUGGAAUCAACAGCGAGAAUGCUGGUGAUUACGAAUAA